AUGUGUUUUGUUGAUGGUACCUUACCGAAGCCAACUGGUGUAACAGAGGCUAUAGCAUGGGAUCGUGCUAAUAACAUGGUAUGUGGUUGGAUCUUGAGGUCCUUAGGACCUGCUACUGCUAAGAGUGUCUUACUAUUGCGAAUUGCUAGAGAUGCGUGGAAGGAUUUGGAGGACAGAUUUGGCCACUCCUCAGUAGCUCAACUUUAUUCUCUUCAACAAGAGCUUUUAAACAUGAGUCAGGGAAAUGGUGAUAUCUCAACAUUCUUUACAAAGAUGAAAGUCUUGUGGGAUCAAUUGGAUGAUGCAAAUCCAAUUCCAUAUUGUGAAUGUGGUGCCUGCACAUGUAACUUGACAAAGAAAUUCAUGAAGAUACAACACGAUCAACGUUUGGUGCACUUCUUGAUGAAGCUCAAGGAGGCAUAUCAACAAGUUCGAUCUAACGUUCUAAUGAUGGAAGUUGAUGCACCACUUGAAGGAGAUAAUGCCCUUGGUCCAACCAACAGAAGGUUCACUGGCAACAAACUAGAGAAUUUCUACAAAGGGAGUUCUAGUUCAGGAAUGCCUUCAACUGAGGAUUCGGAAAGUCUGAUGGAGUGA